AUGGCGCAGAACGGUAAUCCCCAAAAGUCUGUCGAAAAAGAGAAGGGGAAGAAUAGUGAAAGACCACCAAGUAAGCCAGAAGAAAACAGAAAAGAAAAUGAUCGGAAUACUGCUACCACGAAGCAAAACGGCGAUGGCACAACUGGAGCGGCCGAAGAGCUCAGCGAAGAGGACCAGCAAUUAAAGAGCGAAUUACAAAUGCUUGUUGAACGCUUAACUGAAUCGGACACAAAUUUAUACAAGGCUGCGCUGGAAGCAAUUAAAGAUUCAAUAAGAACAUCAACUUCUUCUAUGACCGCUGUUCCGAAGCCUCUUAAAUUUUUACGUCCUCAUUACAAAAGCCUGGUUAGCUUACAUGAGAGCUGGCCCGCUGGAGAUAACAAAACAUCCCUUGCUGAUGUUUUAUCUGUCAUUGGAAUGACAUUUUCCGAAGAAGACCGUCAAGACACCCUUAAAUAUAGGCUGUUAGCUCCUUCAUCCGAUAUUGCAUCAUGGGGCCAUGAAUAUACUAAGCAUUUGGCAUUAGAACUUGGAGAGACUUACACCAAGAGGCUAACCGCUGAUGAAGCCACACAAGAUCUAGUUGAUCUCGCUCUCGUCCUAGUACCUCAAUUUCUGAAGAGUAAUGCCGAAGCCGAUGCUGUGGAUCUGAUGAGUGAGCUGGAAAUUAUUGAAGAUAUCCCCAAAUUUCUAGAUAAGGAUACCUACCCCAGAGUCUGUUUAUACAUGGUAAGUAUGGUGAAUCUUUUAACAUACCCGGAAGACCAGCAGUUCCUCCGGACUGCGCAUGAAAUAUAUCUCCAGUACAAUCAGCUAGCACAGGCUAUCAUACUUGCGAUCCGACUAAAUGAUAUUAAUCUGAUUGAGUCGGAUUUUAAUUCGACAAAAGACAUAGCACUUAAAAAACAAAUGUCAUUCCUCAUUUCAAGACAACAAAUUACUUUGGACAGCUCGAGUACCGGGGAUGAUCAAGAUAUCGCAGAUUGUUUGAAUAAUACAAAGCUACCUGAACAUUUUAAGGCUUUGGCUAAGGAAUUAAAUAUUCUUGACCCUAAAAGUACGGAAGAUAUAUACAAAAGUCACCUUGAAAGUACGCGAGUCUCCGGACUCACAAAUCUUGAUUCCGCCCGUCACAACCUGGCUGCAGCAUUUGUAAAUGGAUUCGUAAAUGCUGGUUUUGGAGAGGACAAGAUGAUGAUGGUAGAUGACGAUUCUAAAGGUAGCUGGGUCUGGAAGACAAAGGACGAAGGUAUGGUUUCAACAAUGGCAUCAAUGGGUUUACUUUUUCUUUGGGAUGUAGAAGGAGGCUUAGACAAAAUUGACAAAUACACAUACGCCCCAGAAGAUCAGAUCGUCGCUGGAUGCCAGCUAGCCAUUGGGAUUAUCAACUCUGGCGUACGUAUCGAUUCUGAUCCAGCUUUAGCACUCUUGGGCGAAGAGGAAAAACUCAAUCACAAGAACCCAAUGGUACGGAUUAUGUCGAUAAUGGGCCUAGGCCUUGCGUAUGCUGGAUCAAACAAAGAUGUGUUGCUUGAAUAUCUACUUCCAAUUGUCACAGACACGUCAUUGGAUAUGCAAAUUUCCUCCAUGGCAGCUCUAUCCCUAGGAAUGAUAUUUGUAGGCUCAUCUAAUAGCGAUGUAAGCGAGGCUAUCGUGCAAACUUUCCUCGACGAUGAGCGAAAAAACCAGCUUAAAGAUAAAUGGACUCGAUUCAUGGCCUUAGGCUUAGGCUUAUUAUUUUUCGGUCAACAAGAAGAGGUAGAUGUUAUACUUGAGACGCUCAAAGCUAUCGAUCACCCCAUGUCUAAACCAACAUCAGUACUCGCAGAGAUCUGCGCCUGGGCUGGCACUGGAACCGUUUUAAAGAUGCAAGAACUAUUACACAUUUGCAAUGAUCCAAUUGAAGAAAGUGAAGACAAAAAGGGAGAUGAAUUACUCCAAGCCUAUGCUGUCAUUGGUCUUGGACUAGUUGCCAUGGGCGAAGAUGUUGGGCAGGAAAUGGUCCUUCGACAAUUUGGUCAUCUAAUGCAUUAUGGAAAGGCAAACAUCCGAAAAGCUGUUCCACUCGCAAUGGGACUUCUAAGCCCCAGUAAUCCUCAAAUAAAAGUUUAUGAUACACUAUCAAGAUACAGCCAUGAUAAUGAUAAUGACGUUGCCAUAAAUGCUAUUUUCGCUAUGGGUCUUUUAGGAGCCGGAACAAAUAAUGCGAGACUCGCUCAACUUCUCAGACAACUAGCCAGCUACUAUUAUCGAGACCUAGAUUCUCUUUUCAUGGUUCGGAUUGCUCAAGGCCUCCUCCACAUGGGCAAAGGCUCGAUGUCUAUCAGUCCAUUUCACACAGACCGUCAGAUUCUCUCCAGAGUCUCAGCAGCUGGCCUUCUAGUUGUUUUAAUUGCCAUGGUCGAUGCAAAACAGUUUAUCACAGAUAAGUCUCAUUACCUACUUUACUAUCUAGUAACAGCAAUGCAUCCAAGGUUUCUCGUUACUUUAGAUGAGGAUCUUAAGCCACUCAGUGUCAACGUUCGAGUUGGUCAGGCCGUGGAUGUUGUCGGCCAGGCCGGUCGACCGAAGACAAUAACCGGUUGGCAGACACAAAGCACGCCUGUUUUACUAGCGUACGGCGAGCGAGCCGAGUUAGAAGAUGAACAAUACCUCCCCUUAACAACUAACCUUGAAAGCCUCGUAAUUUUAAGAAAGAAUCCUGACUGGGAGGACAAGUGCUAA